CUGCUGCCGGCUCGGUAGGGAGGAGGGAUGCAGUCAUCUGCCCCUCCCCCACAGCACAGCGCUAACAGCUUCUGCUCAUCAUUUCCCCAUACCCCCCCUCAUCCACUCCCACAUCAGCAGCAGCAGCAGCAGCACCGGGACAGCCUCUAGCUGCUGCUGGCUACAGCACGGAGCGCAGACAGGCUGCUGUAAUCUGGGCCACUGCUGCCGGGGAUGGGGUGGACAGCUGGAGCUGUGUGAGACCUGGGGGGACCCGUCCCCAUGCACAGACCCCGCUCUGACCGCCGGCUAGCGCUACACUGACCAGGCAGCGGGGUGGGGGAGACUAGCGGUCCUUUCCUCCGUACGCUAAGGCUGAAGGUGGGCGCUCCCCCCCUGCCCUGCACCCUCAUACAAUGUCUUCUUCCCUGGGAGCCAGAGGUGCCCGGCCGCCCAUAGUGCCUCCCCCCAUGCAGGAUCUUCCCGACCUGAGCCACCUGACGGAGGACGAGAGGAACACGAUCAUGGCUGUGAUGAGCCGCCAGAAGGAGGAGGAGGAGAAGGAAGAGGCCAUGCUAAAGAGGCUGCAUCAGCAAUUUGAAAGCUAUAAAGAACAAAUCCAAAAAAUAGGGGAGGACACUCGUCGCUAUCCCGGAGAACACAAGGAUGAUGCACCAACGUGUGGAAUAUGUCACAAAACAAAGUUUGCAGAUGGCUGUGGACACUUGUGCUCUUAUUGCCGAACAAAAUUCUGUGCCCGAUGUGGAGGUCGCGUUUCGCUUCGGACCAACAAUAUUAUGUGGGUUUGCAAUUUGUGCCGAAAACAACAAGAAAUUCUUACAAAAUCAGGUGCUUGGUUUUUUGGAAGUGGGACACAGCAGCCAAGUCAGGAUGGAACAUUGAGUGAUACUGGUACUGGUGCUGGAUCUGAUGCACCUAGAGAAAAGAAAGCAAGACUUCAAGAGAGAUCUAGAUCUCAAACUCCUUUAAGUACUGCCGCAACAGCUGGUUCUCAAGACACCUCACCUGUUAGUUUACAGUCUGAUCUCAGCAAAGAUUCAGAACUGUCAUUACAGUCUGCAGUUGAUGAGCAGAAGACUGCUUCAAGAUCAAGAAGUGAACCACCACGAGACAGGAAGAAGAUUUUAGCAGUUUCGGAGCAGAAUGGAAAAGUCUUAAAAGGAGAACGCAAAAGAGUCCAGAAAGGGCAGGGUUAUCCAGAUGAACAUAAAGAAAGGAGGGAAAGCAGAAGACUGGGGAAGGGGAGGUCACAAGAUAUUCCAGAAAAACUAGAAGAAGGUUCAAACAUGGCUGAAGAUAAGCAAAGAGUUGACGAUGAGUAUCAAACACGUUAUAGAAGUGAUCCAAACUUAGCGAGGUAUCCUGUAAAGCCACAGCCUGAGGAGCAACAAAUGCGCAUACAUGCAAAAGUUUCAAAGGCAAGGCAUGAGAGGAGACACAGCGAUGCAUCUUUGCCACAUACAGAAUUAGAGGAAGCUGAAGUCCCUGAGAACAAACUAGGAAAAAACUCUCAAGCACCAGGGACACAGGACAAAAGAAUGGCUAUGGACAGUCAGCAAUCCUAUUCAAUUGAAAGGAAUGGUGAUGGCAUCAUUUCUAAGCCAAACCAAGUGUCCAAUCACAGUCCCCCAAGUCCCAGACAUAGCCCUGUACCACCAGAACAUUUAGAUUCUAAAAACAGUGACUCCUUCAAAAAACAUAGUCGAUUAGAUCCCAGCUCUGCUCUUUUAAUGAGAAAGGCUAACCGUGAAAAAAUGGAAACAAUGUCAAGGAAUGAUUCCCUUAGUUCUGACCAAUCUGAAUCUGUUAGGCCUUCUCCACCGAAGCCCCAUAGAUCUAAAAGAGGCGGAAAGAGGAGACAAAUGUCUGUCAGUAGUUCAGAAGAAGAAGGGGCAUCAACUCCAGAAUACACCAGCUGUGAGGAUGUGGAAAUUGAGAGCGAAAGUGUCAGUGAAAAAGCUGCUCUGUUUGGCAGAAGACAAUUGGAGUGUCCUGUGUCCCCUCAGUCGUGCUGUGGUGAUUUGGACUACUAUUGGCUGGAUCCUGCCACAUGGCACACUAGAGAUACGUCCCCUCUUGGUUCGCAUCCUGUAACCUGGCAGCCUUCAAAGGAUGGCGAUCGUUUAAUUGGACGUGUCAUUCUAAAUAAGCGAACAAGUAUGCCAAAAGAAUCAGGAGCACUGCUAGGACUGAAAGUUGUUGGAGGAAAAAUGACAGAAACAGGUCGCCUUGGUGCCUUCAUCACCAAAGUAAAGAAAGGAAGUCUUGCGGAUGUUGUUGGCCAUUUAAGAGCAGGCGACGAAGUCCUAGAAUGGAAUGGAAAGCCUUUGCCAGGUGCAACAAAUGAAGAUGUUUACAACAUAAUUUUACAAUCAAAGUCAGAACCACAAGUUGAGAUCAUUGUAUCACGGCCCAUUGGUGACAUUCCAAGGAUACCAGAGAGUUCCCAUCCUCCAUUAGAAUCUAGUUCAAGUUCUUUUGAAUCUCAGAAGAUGGAUAGGCCUUCAAUAUCUGUUAUAUCUCCAACUAGUCCUGGAGCUCUCAAAGACGCACCUCAGGUUUUGCCAGGGCAGCUAUCUGUAAAAUUGUUGUAUGAUAAAGUAGAACAUCAUUUAAUUGUCACUGUGCUGCAAGCAAUAGAUCUCCCACCGAGGCCGGAUGGGCGUCCAAGGAAUUCCUAUGUAAAAAUGUACUUUCUUCCGGAUAGAAGCGAUAAAAGCAAGCGGAGGACCAAAACGGUGAAGAAAAGCUCAGAACCAAAAUGGAAUCAAACAUUUGUUUACUCCCAUGUACAUCGUAAAAACUUUAGAGAAAGAAUGUUAGAAAUAACCGUGUGGGAUCAGCCAAGAGUGCAAGAAGAAGAAAGUGAAUUUCUUGGCGAGAUUCUCAUAGAGCUAGAGACUGCACUAUUAGAUGAUGAACCUCACUGGUAUAAACUGCAAACACAUGAUGAGUCUUCACUACCUCUGCCUCAGCCAUCACCUUUCAUGCCAAGGAGACAUGUACACGGAGAGAACUCUAGCAAAAAAUUACAAAGAUCUCAGCGAAUCAUUGAUAGUGACUUCUCAGAUUUUGAUGUUGAUGAUGGUAUUGGAGUUGUGCCUCCAGGUUCAAGGUCUAAUGCUAGACAAAGUAGAUCCACAACAUUGACAGUGCCAGAACAGCAAAGAGUGACCCAUCAUCGCUCACGUUCUGUAUCUCCUCACCGUAUUGAUGAUCAGGGCAGGACCCGCUCACGCUUACCAAAUGUGCCAUUACAGAGGAGUCUAGAUGAAAUUCAUCAAAUGAGACGGUCACGCUCUCCAACAAGACACCACGAUGCCUCCCGUAGUCCAGUAAUUCACAGGUCCCGGGACUCAGACAGUCAGUAUUUAUCUGAUCAAGAAAGUGAACUUCUUAUGCUGCCCAGAGCGAAGCGGGGACGAAGUGCCGAGUGCCUACAUACUAUCAGAAAUACUGUUAGGCACAGUAAAACUUUGCCACCCAAGAUGCCUUUGCUAGAGUUUGGUUCUCAUUGGAGACUGUACAGUGAACUACAGCCCUCCCUUGACAGGGCUCGAAGUGCUAGUACCAACUGCUUGAGACCAGAUACUAGUUUGCAUUCACCAGAACGAGAAAGGCAGCCCAGAAAAUUGGAAAGAUGUAGCAACCAGAAACAGAACAGGAAAUGCACUGUUUCUGAAGUAGAAAGAAACCAUCAACUAGGAGGUCAGUCAUCCACGGUGGAUUCUUCAUUUAGUCGAAGAGGAAGGCAGCUUCCACAGGUUCCUGUAAGAAGCAACAGUGUAGAAAAAGAACCAGAUGGUUAUAAUUCAUCUUCAACAGCAAAUUUGUUAGUGGAAGAACGUGCGAGACAGAUGAAAAUAAAGGUUCAGCGGUAUAAGCAGACAGCUGGGUCUAGUUCCAGUCAAGAACUUGAGAGAGAGCAAUAUCCCAAGUAUAACAUGCAUAAAGAUCAAUACCGAAGUUGUGAUAACGUCUCCGCCAAAUCAUCAGAUAGUGAUGUCAGCGACGUGUCAGCCAUUUCUCGUACCAGUAGUGCCUCACGCCUCAGCAGCACAAGCUUUAUGUCCGAGCAAUCUGAGCGUCCAAGCAGAAGGCUAUGGAUGCAAGGCAGACGGAUGGGUUCUUCAGGGAGAAUCAUUACAAAGAGCACAAGUGUAAGUGGAGAGAUCUACAAGCUGGAACACAAUGAUGGGAGCCAGUCCGAUACAGCUGUAGGUACAGUUGGGACAUGUGGAAAGAAAAGACGGCCAAGUUUGAGUGCCAAAGUAGUUGCCAUAGUAUCUCGGAGGAGUAGAAGCACAUCACAGCUUAGCCAAACAGAUUCUGGCAACAAGAAAUUCAAAAGUACAAUUCAAAGAAGCACAGAAACAGGAAUGGCAGCUGAAAUGAGGAGUCGUAUGGUUCGGCAGCCAAGCCGAGAGUCGACAGAUGGAAGUAUUAACAGCUACAGCUCUGAGGGAAAUUUAAUAUUUCCAGGAGUAAGACUGGGGGUUGACAGCCAGUUCAGUGACUUCCUAGAUGGACUGGGUCCUGCUCAACUAGUCGGUCGGCAGACAUUAGCAACUCCAGCAAUGGGUGACAUACAGAUCGGUAUGGUGGAUAAGAAAGGACAAUUAGAAGUUGAAGUAAUAAGAGCAAGAGGCCUUACACAAAAGCCAGGCUCCAAAUCCACACCAGCUCCAUAUGUGAAAGUGUACCUUUUAGAAAACGGAGCUUGUGUAGCCAAGAAAAAGACAAGAAUUGCACGGAAAACCCUUGAUCCUCUCUAUCAGCAGUCCUUGGUGUUUGAAGAAAGUCCUCAUGGGAAGGUCCUCCAGGUAAUUGUCUGGGGAGACUAUGGCCGAAUGGAUCACAAAAGUUUUAUGGGUGUUGCACAGAUUCUCCUGGAAGAACUUGAUCUGUCCAGCGUGGUGAUUGGAUGGUAUAAGUUGUUUCCACCCUCGUCAUUGGUGGAUCCAACAUUGACACCCCUUACUCGCAGGGCUUCCCAAUCAUCUCUUGAAAGCUCAACAGGUCCUCCUUCCAUUAGGUCAUAAUGAACUGGAAAGGAAGAGUUUAACCUGAUGUAAUCACAAUGUUAAUGCCCAAUAAAAGAAUCAGAAUGAUAUAUUUACAUGAUCAAAAGCAUUGCUGAAGACAGACAAUCAUUUAUUUUUUUGCCUGUAGUAGUGAUCCAAAAAAGAUUUGAAAAUGAGUUUUAUUGGCAGAGAAAGCAAGAAUAUAAGUACUGUAAAUGAAUAUUCAGUUCAGCACUAUAGGGAGUCACACAUGCUCAUUGGGAUGGUAAGGCUGACAUUGAAUUACAAACUGGAAGCUUUCACUCUGUUAGAAAUGUUUGUGAUACAUUUUUACAGACCAUAAGCAGUGUUAUCAUAUUGGUAUUUCAGCAUAUUUUAUACUUGUUAAUUCCAUAUUUUUUUUUAUAAUGUGUUAAUCUGCCAGUUUCAUAAAAGCAUUUGUGAUAAUUCUCACAUAAAGCUUUUUGUCCUUUUUUAUUGAUUUCUAAAAAGCUGAGCAUUGCAAAAUUGAUGAUGAUACUAGUUCUGUGUAAUAUUCCCCGCUGCCUGAAAUACUGACAGUGACUUUGAGAAGCACUGCUAUGUAGUGCUGACCUAUUAUUACUUACAUUGCUUUUUCAUGUAGUGUUACACAACUUGGAACCACAGAGGUAUUUUAUGUAUUAUACUGCAUGCUGCAAUUCUAUUGGAGCACAGCAAUUGUCUGCACUAAUCCUCACAUUCCGGCAUCAGGGCUAGGAAUACAUGCAGAUGCUGCAGUGCAGCAGUUACAUUAAGCAGAACCCUUUAAAUAACAUCCAGGUGCACUGAAAUGCAUCUUAGUUCUUACAUGCAGUGAUUAACACUACACAAUUGCUUUGGAUGCAACAGCUGUCAUUAUUUCACUCAACUAGGAAAGUUUCUUUGCCAACAUAUUACCAUACAAUAACAUGAUUAAACAAAAGCCAACAUGUUUGUGUUAUUUCUAUGGGAACACGUGGAAUAUUUCUUCAGUACGUGGAAUAAAUGAUUGCUUAAGAUUAUUCUUUACCAAACAAAUAAAAAUUAGAGGAUCAAACAGAGGGGGAAAAAAAAAAUCACUUUUAUUUUGUAAAUUUUGUAUUGUAGUACUAAUACCGGUUUUAAUAUUUUCUUUUAUAUUUUCUUUUGUGCAUGGGAGAGGUUUGAAGAUGUCUGUUUGCAACUAAUGGUGCGGCUGCUGCAAAAGAAUUAAUUCCUUUGCUAUUUACAAAUGAUGUAUCGUCUGCACAAUUUUUGAUUUGCCAUCAGCCAAUUGCUGUACUUGUUUCUGUGUAUAAAUUGUAUAUUUGACAUCCCGAAAUACUGCCCAGUGGUGGGAUGAGCAUAUGACACUUUGAGCUGUACCCAGGCCUCCGUGAUAUGAGUCGUUUAGACACUUGUAUCUGUCCUGGGUAGGGUAUGGUAUAGGAGCUGUUUAAAAUUUACUGGAAAUUCCAGUUGAAAUUUUCUGCACUUAUUAAUAUUUUUAUCAGAUUUUCGUUUACAUUUGUUUGAGAUUGAUGCAAGCACAACGCUUGAUUUUUUUAACGCAAAAUAUUUUACUUUUUUGGAAAAGAAAAAAAAAAGAACACAAACCCUUUUCAAUUUGCAUUUCUUUCUUUUUUGUUCUUGGCCUUGAAAUUCCUUGUGAUCUCUGUACGUGUGCUAUUAGCUGCAGACUGUGCAGACGCAUUGGUAUGUUUCCUUCCUCCUUUGGGCCAUUCGAUUUUGUGAUCACACGAAUAGAGCAGCAUGACAUGAGUUAUACAAAGCUGCAUGCACGUUUUGUAAAAAAAAAAAGAGAAAAGAGACAAAAAAAAAGGUUAUUUAAUAAUGUGUGUUAGUUCCACAUAGGCCAGCUUGUAUGUUGCAUGUACUUGUACAGUUUGCCCAUAAUAAUAAUGACAUAAUCAAGAAAUCUAAGCCAUUCAUUUUUCUUAUAGACAUUUUGCAGGUUUGUACCAGACUAAAUGUGUUAGUCUGGUGGUCAAUGCCUCUAGUUGGACAUUAUUUUUUACCCUAUGGAAACGUAAUGUAGUACGGACCAAAUUCCUUAUGAUAAAUAUUUUGGUGUAAAUUCCUACUGUGGGGCUGUAACACAUGUAGAAAUUGUGUACAGGUUUUGAUUCAUAGACAUACUGCCUGCACCAAGUGAAUUAUUUAUUGUUAAUAUACAGGCUGAAACCAUUAUGCCCAUAUUUCUGUAGGGCAAAUAUAGGUUACUGCUUGACCUGCUGAGCAGGAAGCACUGGUGCACCAAUAGAUUAUGUGUCUUAGUGGCCAAACAAAUGAACUAAUUAUAAUUGGGUAGUAUAUUUCUAUUUUGACCACUUGUCUUAACACUCCCCUGUGCUUUUAAAUAAACUUCCAACUCAUGUUAUGUAAACAUGUUUAAUAAAAUUUACUUUUCAUGUC